GACGAUCCAUCAUAAGGAUGAUUUAUGACCGAUUAUUAUUACACCGAUUUACACGUGUAACUGUGCUACAUGUAAAAGUAAGGUAUUAAAAUAAAACCGAUCCUUUUAGUACUGCUUUUCAUUUGUUUUGUUUGUGGUUUUUUCAUGGAUUUUUAUUGCGUAAAACGGUCUUGUUCGUUUACAUCAUGUUUUGGAGAAAAUGGUUAGAGCGCAAGUGUUGAGGAAAGGGGUGUGGUUAUCAUGACCCACGUAUAGAAGCCCACGUAGUAAAACACGAUACAGGGCAGGACCCAAGGGGAAAACAAGCCCAGCCGCCAUACCAUUGUCUAAAUUCUCUGCCUUGCUUACGGAAGUAACUUGUAAAACAAGAGCUAACCAUGUACAGGCAACACCAAACAAGGACCCCCAUUUCCCGCAAAAUGUCCCACUGUCACGUGUAACAUGUGGAAUUCCUAUUAACUGUCAACAACAUCACUUUCAAGUUUAUUCCAAACACCAGACCAUGGCGAUACCUAGGAGCAGUCACAUCGAGCCUGCACAUGGCUCUAUGCGGUGGAAAGAAAUGCAUGAGCGCUGAUUAGAACGCAUAAACAACAGGUGUAUUUGAUGAGACGCCCAUUGUCACUCUAAUGCCGUCGAAAAUAAUGCGUUAUGAGGGUUUUUUGGCACUUCUAAUUUCCAUUCAAAUUCUCAAAGGUGUAGCUCCAAAUCUCAUCGAAACCCGCGAUGGGAAGAUUCUUGGAGUAUCAGACCAAUGGGUGACGUCGUUCCUAGGGAUCCGUUACGCCCAGAGUCCGGUCAGGGCGCGGCGUUUGGCGCCCCCUGUCCCUGUGGCGCCGUGGAACGGGACACUGAGGGCCGAGGAAUACGGUGCCGCCUGUCUACAGGCCCCGGACAGCUCGGUACACAAGUACCUAAACAACGUCCGGAGCAGCGAGGACUGUCUGAAUCUCAACAUCUUCAUUCCCAGGGAUAGCCCCGGCAAGAACAUUCCCGUGCUGAUUUUCAUUCACCCUGGUCAGUUUCAAUGCGGGGCCGCUGCCAUGGUAAACGGUUCGUUUCUUGCCAUGGAGACACAGGCUAUUGUGGUGACUUUCAAUUAUCGUCUUGGAGUUCUCGGGUUUGCGUACUCUACUUCACUUCUUUCCGGGAAUUAUGGGAUACAGGACCAGAUUCUGGCUGUUAAGUGGGUCAGGAGAAACAUAGCCUCCUUUGGGGGAGAUGAGGAUAAUAUCGCUAUUUUAGCAGACUCUAGUAAUGCACGGAUUCUCCGCUACAUACCGAAACUAUAUAAAACGUUUUCAAAAAUUGUGUCUCUUCCACUGGAUAUCCCUUACUCGUUUCCAACGAAUCCAACAUCUGGUAUCGCUGAAUCAACUCUAGAGUCAGUUUGCAAUGGAACUAUUUCACGAGAGUGCUUUGACGGGAUUAAGCCAGAACAGCUCCUGAAUUUAACUCUGAAUCACUUUCCUUGGUCCUUACCAAUAUUUGGUCCGAUAAAUGAUGGAGAAAUAUGGGACAAGCGCUCAGACAUCCACAACAACGCCGAGCAAGUUCAUCUAAAUGUCGUAGCACCGUCGUAUAUAUAUCGGAAGACAUCGGUGGUUAUCCAGGGGAAACAUUACCAGUGUACUCCGAAAAUUCUUAAAAACGUCAUCCACAUGGUCUCAACCAUGACGUCAUCGAACGUCAGUGUGUUACUGGAAACGUUUUACUUUCCCGAUGACGUCACGGCUAACAGCAUCUGUAGCGAAGUGCUGAGGCUUCUGUACGAUUACGCCUCUAUUUCGUCCAUGUUUGACCUUGACCGCGCCAGUAGAUCCGCCCUCGUGUUUCUUGCCCUACUGGAACCGUAUUACGUCCUACAGGGCGGGACCAGCGACUCUCUGUGUCUGUUCCGGGGAAGGGGUGAGGGCUGUGACUCUGACGCCACCGCUUCUCUUGUCCUAACAGCAGUCCAAAGCUUCCUGAAGGACAGCUACCCGGGUUCCGAUGACGAGCUUCGCUGGCGUCCGUACACAGUCCAUAGCAAGAGUCACGUGAUCUUCAACGGGUACAAAACAUCGGCGGGGGACAGGAGACGGUGGCCACUGGUCCAACAGGAGAUGCUCUGGCACGAUUUGGCGCCAGCGUUCAAGGGUGGGGGUUUAGAAGCAGGGAUCCAUGAAAUCAUUUGUCCAGCGACGAGGACAGAAUGGGGAAUGACGGAGACCCAGCUGGAGAUCCUGUUAUACAGCCUGGUCUUCUGCUGUCUGUUUCUGAUCUUUGUCUCCAUGACACUGGUCCGCAUCUUGUGCACUGUCAACAAACCCGCCAAAAAGGAGACGCGAACGAGGGGAGCUCAAAGAACAGCGGCCUCGUCCGAGGGCGGGCACUAUAACGGCGCCUGUAACGGGGAAAUUGAGGAUUCCAAGUUCUAGUAGUCUAACAGCACACCCCAUUCUAUGAUCUCGUUAUAUACUGUGAUUGGAUAAAACGAAAUAUCGAAGCCAUUGGUCCAAGAGUAUUACCAAUCCCUUUUAAUAUUAUUCACUAUAUUUUGUUUCCGUAACUGGUUCGGUUGCGAACUAACUCUAUAAUAAUGGAGACUCACAGGGACGAAACAAGGUUCAAACUUCAACAUUUCAGAACCAGUAUGGAUAUUUGCCCCGCGGAAAGACCGGAACUAUUAAUAGCAGAAUUCGGUUUCAACUUCCGGUACCUCUGGGCGUACAAAGGAACACAUCAGAUGCCAAGACAAUAAUUGGAAGUGGAUAAAAAAAGCCUUCAGUGAAUCCAUUCCUAUGUAAUUUAGAAGUAAUGUGAGAUGUUUACCUUGCCAUUUGUGUUGUCGAGCGACGUACAUUUACAUAUACCCUCUUUUCGGCACAGGGUUUUGACACAACCUGUGCAAAACAAACGAUUUUGGCACAA